AGCAACAAACCUCAGAACAUUCAGUUCUCCUGAGCAGCAGCAGCAGCAGCAGAGGCACAUCCAGACCUUGCAGGACUACAGCUUCUCCACAAGAACAGCAACAGCGCUCCUCACACGAGCGGCUGGACUGUGUGUUUUUUAUUGUUAUUAUUAGUAUACAUAUAUAUUUAUUUAUUUCGCUAGUCAGGAGCUUCCUGAGGAGAUUCCCCGGAUAUCUCUGGCGUGACAUGACCUGUCUCAGUCCAAUCUUGCGAUUCUGAGGACUUUCUUCUUCUUCUUCUUCUCCUUCGGAUUCGAGGUUAGGUGCCAAAACCAUUCAUUCAAGAAACGCGUUAUCAAAACGGAGAAGAGGAAAAUGGGAUCAAGAAAACCAGCGGGUGUGAUAGCGUACAUCUGCUCUUCCGGCUCAGCCCUCAGCCCCAAAUCCUGCUUGAGUGACAGCUCCAGUGUCCACUCACAGCCCUCAACCCUGCCUCCUUCAACAACUCAGAACCUAAAGAUGGAAAUGCCCAGCGCCAGGCCUCUCGGGGUCCCCAAACCCGCCAGCUCUCGCAUGCCUGCAUCGGAGAAGAACUCAACCAAGAGCAGCAUAACGAAGCUGAAUGGAAUGGUGCUGCUGUGUAAAGUAUGCGGCGACGUGGCUUCGGGAUUCCAUUACGGCGUUCACGCCUGCGAAGGCUGCAAGGGUUUUUUUCGGAGGAGCAUUCAGCAGAAUAUCCAGUACAAGAAGUGCAUGAAGUCCGAAAACUGCACCAUCAUGCGCAUCAACCGAAACCGCUGCCAGCAGUGCCGAUUCAAGAAGUGCCUAGCAGUCGGGAUGUCACGGGACGCCGUGCGAUUCGGACGCAUCCCGAAGCGCGAGAAGCAGCGCAUGCUCCUGGAAAUGCAGAACGCCAUGAACAGCGUGAUGAGCGGCGCGCAGCUGCACCAGGUGCUCCGGGACUCAAGCUCCUGCUCUCCGUCGUCUUCUUCGUCCUCUCCUUCGCCGCCGUCCUCGCCGCAGUGCUCUCAGGACUCCGAGUCAGUAGUGCCCAUGGACACUAUGAGCUUGGGGUCUUCGGACAGCGGCGAGGAGGAUUCAGCGCCUCAGCCGGACGGAUUUCAUCUAACGCAAUCAGGGGGCACUCUUUCACUGGGCCUCUCAGAACGACUGAGCAACGGCAACGUGACGAGCUCGCCUUGUGAAAGUCGGCAGCAAAUCACUAUCAGGUACCACAGCAGCGCUCAGCCCGACAACGCCUCCUACUGCCACUACAGCAGACCCAAUCUGAACGAGCUCACGGGAACAUCAGCUAACCGAAGGCACCUGGUAUGCCCCAUGUACACUUCCCCCAUAGUGGACCCAUCCAAGUCGAGCCACGAGAUAUGGGAGGAGUUCUCCAUGAGCUUCACGCCUGCCGUGCGAGAGGUGGUGGAGUUCGCCCGACAGAUCCCCGGCUUUCGCGAGCUCUCGCAGCACGACCAGGUCAGCCUGCUGAAGGCGGGAACGUUCGAGGUGCUGAUGGUGCGCUUCUCCUCACUGUUCGACGUCAAGCAGCGCACGGUGAGCUUUCUGAGCGGGCGGAGCUACAGCGUGGAGGCUCUGCGGUCCAUGGGUGCCGGAGAACUGCUCUCUUCCAUGUUCGACUUCAGCGAGAAGCUCAUGGCGCUGCAGCUCAGCCCCGAGGAGAUCAGCCUCUUCACUGCGCUCGUUCUCGUCUCUGCUGAUCGCACCGGGAUCGAAGACGUGAGCUCAGUAGAAGCUCUGCAGGAGAACCUGAUCAGAGCUUUGAGGAACCUGAUCAUGAGAAACCACUCAAACGAGGCUGCCAUCUUCACCAAGCUGCUCCUGAAGCUCCCGGAGCUUCGUUCCCUCAACAACAUGCACUCGGAGGAGCUUCUCUCCUUCAAGGUCCACCCUUAAAAGGAACCUGCUCUGCUCUCUCGGACCAGAACGGGCCGUGUGACCGGGCUGUACAUUUCCUUCCUGAAUGUAUUUAACACAAAAGAUUUAUUAUUACUAUUAUUAUUAUUACUAUUACUAUUACUGCUAUGUCAAAAAAAAGAUCUAGGAACUAUGGAAGUCCAGAGAAGUGAUGUAUUCUUUUUUUUCUUCUGUCCCAUUAUGUACUGAUCUACCACAAGUAUAAUAAGAUAAACGGGUUGCCAGAUUGGGGUGAUUUCAGUUUAAACCCUUUAAGACCCUGAAGAACAUUAAGGUUACAUCUGCAUGCUAUUAGAAGAUGAUGUUUCAAAGAAAUCGACUCAAAGAAAACAGUCAACAUUCGGGUGGGAUCAUUUAUACAUUGUUAUUAGAUUGUGAUUAUUUUCCUAUUAAAUCUGUCUUUAAGUGUUUUAUUCUUUACAACAAGGACAGAAAAAAAAACAAUCAGCAUCUCAGCUCUGGACUUCUGUAAGAAAAUGAAUGCUGUAUUUUUUUUUUUGUGUACGUAUAUAAUAUAUACAGUAUAUAAAACCGUCUAAAGUGAAUUGCA